GGGACCCUGACGGCCCAAGGCCAGGAAUCAGUGACCUUCAAGGACGUGGCCGUGGACUUCAGCCUGGAGGAGUGGGGCCGGCUGGGGCCUGGCCAGAGGGAGCUGUACCGGGACGUGAUGCUGGAGAACUACCGGAACCUUCUGUCCCUGGGGCUUCCUGGGUCAAAACCUGACGUGAUCUGCCGUCUGGAGCGAGGGGAGGAGCCAAAGAUGGAAGAGAGAGAAGGGCUGCGAGUCACCUGUCCAGAGAAGAAACCAUUUACCUGUGUGGAAUGUGGGAAAGCCUUCAUUUACCAUUCAGACUACAUUUUGCAUCAGCGAAUUCACACUGGAGAGAAACCCUACAAGUGCAACGAUUGUGGCAAGGCAUUCAGCAAUAGCUCCUACUUCAUUCAGCACCACAUCAUCCACACAGGGGAGAAGCCAUAUGCCUGCCACAAUUGUGGCAAGACCUUCACUCAGAGCUCAUCGCUUACUGAGCACCAGAGGAUCCACACUGGAGAGAAACCCUACAAAUGCAAGGACUGUGGGAAAGCCUUCACUCAGAGCUCAUCCCUCAUUAAACACCAGCGAUGCCACACUGGGGAGAAGCCCUAUAAAUGUGACCAGUGUGGGAAGUUCUACUCACAGAUCUCCCACCUCACCCGCCACCAGAAAAUUCACACGGGGGAGAAGCCCUACAAAUGCAGUGAGUGUGGUAAGGCCUUCUGUCACACUUCUUCCCUGACCCAACACCAGACCAUCCACACAGGGGAGAAGCCCUAUAAAUGUAAUGAGUGUGGGAAAACCUUCAGCCACAGCUCAUCCCUGACUCAGCAUCAGCGAGUUCACACUGGAGAAAAACCCUAUGAGUGCAAUGAGUGUGGCAAAGCCUUCAGUCACAGCUCAUCCCUGACUCAGCAUCAGAGAAUUCACACUGGUGAGAAACCCUAUGAGUGUCACGAGUGUGGGAAGGCAUACACACAGAUUUCCCACCUCAUGAGGCACCAGAGCAUUCACAUGGGGGAAAAGCCCUAUAUAUGCAAUGAGUGUGGAAAGGCCUUCAGUCACACCUCAUCCUUUACUCAACACCAGACGACUCACACUGGUGAGAAGCCCUACAAAUGUACUGAGUGUGGAAAAACCUUCAGCCAGAACUCUUCCCUCACACGCCACCAGAGGAUUCACACUGGGGAGAAGCCCUAUGAGUGCAAAGUUUGUGGGAAGGCCUAUACCCAGAUCUCCCACCUCAUUCAACACCAGCGGAUUCACACUGGAGAGAAGCCCUAUGAGUGCAGUGAGUGUGGGAAAGCUUUCAGUCGGAGCAACCACCUCAUUGAGCACCAGAAGAUCCAUACUGGCGAGAAACCCUAUAAGUGUAAGGAAUGUGGGAAAACCUUCAGUCACAACUCAUCCCUCACUCAGCAUCAGAGGAUUCACACUGGUGAGAAACCCUACAUUUGUAAGGUCUGCAGGAAGGCCUUCAAUCAAAGCAUCCACUUGAUCCAACAUCAAAGGAUUCACACCGGAGAGAAGCCCUAUAAAUGCAAUGACUGUGGGAAAAACUAUACCCAGAGCUCACACCUCCUCCAACAUCAGAAAGUUCACACUGGUAGCAAACGCUAUGUGUGUAAAGAAUGUGGAGAGGGCUUCAGCUGGAGUUCACACCUUACUGAACACCAGAAACUUCACACUGGACAGAACGCCUACAUCUGUGAUGAUUUUGAGAAAGCCUUUGCUUGGGACACACAGUUUGCUGAUCAUCAGCGAAUUCAUCCUGACUAGACAGCCUGAGCUUGUAACAGAUCUGCAGUUCUGCUGUUCGUUC